AUGGCCGCCGAUUUGAAAACACUAAAAUCUUCGGAGGAUGAACUACCGACUUCGCUCACGAUUAGGGAAAACCUCGAAAGGUUUUUUGAAACGUUGACAUUGAAAAAGUUUCCCAAGUUAUCUUAUAUAAUUGUAACAUGCUCACUUUUUGAAAAUGUGAGUGAGGCUGGUUUGAUGGGUUUAAUGGCAAUAUACUUUCAAACACUUUUCAAUCUCGAACCUUCAGAGAUUACAGUUGCUUUGCAUUUGUACAAUUUUUUAAAAUACCUUGCUGUCGUAUUUGGAGCAGUCCUUGCCGAUUCGUACUUCGGUAGAGUAAAAAUGAUUAAUAUUGGACAGUUAAUAGUAUUUCUUGGAAACACUUUACUGACUGUUUCUUCUAUUCUGAGAAUGGAUUUUCCAAGCAGGUUUGUACUGGUUCUGUCAUUAUUUGCUAAAGUCAUUGGUCCAGGAUUCAUAUUGCCUUGCUUAGUGCCAUUGGCUGCGGAUCAGGUCGGGGAACAGAAUACAACCUAUGCAGAAAUGAAGGCAUUUUUCGUGUUUUAUUUUGCAAUGCUACAAGUGAGCGAGUUCUUUGCGAAACUGUUUUUACCACUCGUACUUGAAGUUUCUUGCUUUAACUUAGAUUCUUGUUAUCCUCUAGCCUUUGGAAUUUCUGCCAUUUUUUCACUUAUACCAUUACUGGUUUUUUAUAUGGUUAAAAAUCAGUGCUUCAACAUACGCCCGCACCAGCCAAUCAUCAUCCAAGGGCUACAAUGCUGCAUGCAUGCUUUGAUGAUGAAAAUUAAAAAUAGAAAAAAAGAAAAAAGGGUCCAUUGGCUCCAUCAUGCCGAUGAUAGAUAUGAUGUGAAGUUCAUAGAAGAUAUUAGGUGUACAAUCGAUGUCCUGUUUGUACCAAUACCAUUUUACUGGUCAUUGUGUGACCAGCAGUACACCUCUUGGACGCUGCAAGCUGCUCGUCUGAACACAGAAAUUUGCACCGGUUUCCAAAUCAUGCCUGAACAAACACAGGCUUUUGGACCUUUCCUUUUCUUGUUUUUCAUACCUAUCUUCCACUUUUUCAUUUACGAUUUAUUAUAUCCAUUCAAGUUCCUCAGGACUCUUCUCAGGAGAAUGGUAACUGGUGGCUUCCUGAUCGGAUUGGCGUUCUUGAUGGCCAACAAUUUAGAAUUGAGAAUAGAGUUUUCAUAUGCUGAUCUACCAGCAUCAGACAAAGCUUAUAUGUAUGUAUUCAAUGGAAUUAAUUCAGAGGUCAGCAUCCAGAUAGAGAAUCAUAAUGUUUUCAUACCACCUUAUGGUUUUUCUCAACUCACUGUACAAUUAUCUGAAGAGGCAUCAAAAUUUGAAGCAAUGAUAAGUCAUGAUGGCAAGAAGAUAUUUUCUGAAUUUACAGCAGCACAGCAAACGGCUAUGUCAUUUGCAGUUGUUGGUCCUGAGCCUAUUGAAUUCCUAAGGAUCGGAGAAGGGAAAUAUGACGUUAGUAAACAUGCUAAAGGCAGGGUUAAACUGAGGAUAAUAUGUGUCGAAAAAGUCUAUUGUAAGGAUAUGAUUCUCCGCUUCUACCCUAAAACUUGGUAUAUUCAGAGACCCAUAAUAGCUAAAAUUAAUGACGUUCAACAACCCGUAGAAAUGAAAAUGCUCUCGGGAGUCUAUGAGGUCUACACAGAUGUAGACGACCUAACACAUUUAGCCAAUGUUGUCGAGUUGGGAACUGGUGGAGUUUAUAACAUAAUGGUCUUUCGUACGGAAAACAAAACAACUAUCAAGCAGUUCGAAAUCACUCCAUCGAAUGAAAUUAGUGUUCUCUGGAUGUUACCUCAAUACUCUGUCUUAUCUGUGAGCAUGGUACUCUUUCGUAUAUCUGCCUUGGCUUUUAUUUAUACAGAGACCCCAGAUCAAAUGAAAUCCCUAGCCUGGUCAAUGUGUUAUAUGACCCUGAGUACUGGCAACAUCAUAACAGUCAUCUUCGGUGGAAGUGGAAAACCGUCGACCUCCUUCCUAAUAUUUGGCUUAGGAAUGUUUCUGGGUAUGUUACUCUUCAUAUGGUCAGCCUCUACGUUCAAAUAUACCCAUAAAUAUCCAGACAGGCGAUCUAGGAAAUCAAUAUUAAAUGUUUUUUAA